CCUCAUUUAAUGUUUUCUACUAACAAGGAUUGACAAAAGUCUCUUAAAUCUAAUUUAAAACAAGUUACAUUUUCUAUCAAGCCAGAAUCGCAUUAAUGCUUACAAAAGUAAAACAUUUUCUUAUUAAAAUGAGUGAUUCUACAAUCAUAAUUGCAUCUUAGCAACAUAUUCAUAGUGACUACAUUAAUAGGACACAAAAGAGACCAAUUAGUAGUAGAGCCUUAAAUGUCAUCACACAGCUACUUUAUAACAAAUUGUAGCUAACAACUCAGAUUAAUCCAUAAGAAAAUACAUAAAUGAGAAACAAAUAAUUCUAACAAUUAAUGCAGGGUGAAGGGGGGCUGUGGACCUCCUUUUAAAAUCCACCAUUAACCCUCAAACAGGCUUAUUUGAUUAUUCUACAGUUAAAACUUAAGGAGGAAUGGGCCAACUUUUGAAAAAGCUAAGUUAUAACUUUAAUCUACUACAAUAUUUAGAAAAUGGACCAAGAUUAAUAUUGUGAUUAAUCAAACUUAUAUUUUAUUCUUUAAGUUAUAAGUUCAGCCAUAUCAAUGUAUCCAAGAAACACUGGUAAACCUAUUGUUGUGAUGUGACUGUCCCAUUGUGCUUUUAAAUUCAGAUUUUUAUGGAAAAGGAUGCACCAAUGCAGAACUUUUGGGCAGUAUGAACAUUAUUAUUACUACUAUGCUCGAAACCAGACAUUUACUAAUUCACAUUCCCAUUCCCUUUCGAUGCAAUGAGAGAAUAACCACACCACUAACAUUGCUUCUCUCUUCAGGUAAACAUCCCACAGUCCUGCGCUGCGUCACAUCCCCAAACAGACCCGACAUGGCUAACCCCCUCACACACAAACAGCAACAAGAGAGAAAUUACAUAUUUUACUUAUUAGACCGAUACUAUGCAUGUUAAUGCUGUUAUUUUGUGUAUUCCUAUGUGUGAAUAUAGCAUUUAAAAAGAAUACAAAACUUAAAAAAAAGAGCACAACAAAUGGAAGUGGAAAUCAGAUAAACAAACCAUCUUAUUUCCUACUUCACUAAAGUGAAUCAAUGUUUGUAUCAUGACGUGGUUAAUUUAAAGUGAUAUGUUUUUGUGGGUUUAGCUGAAAGUGUGUCACCCCUAAAAAACCAUCCUAGGUUCCCUACGUGAUCUUGAACUUGUGCUGAUUGGAAGAAAAAUAUUCAAAAAAGUCAGUAUUUUAAUUUAUGACAUUUUAUUUAGUCAAAAAAGCUGAUGAUAAACUACAAUUAUCAGAGUAUAUAUUUCUGAGUUCGUUUUUCAGCUUUCUUAAUUUACAAUUCCCCUAAAUCUGACCAUAUGAGGCUCAACAUGUGCUGGUUUAUAGCCCCUCAGGCUAACUGAAUUUUAAAGGAAUCCUCCAGAGGCAUGACCCCCGUGUCCUCAGAGGCAAGCACGGCCACGCUCCCCUCCUUGCAUAGUGGGGGGCCCCCCGGAGGCCCCCUGAUCCCUCACUCUGGGACCAAUAGAGACGCUGCACCUGUAUCCAGUGCGCCUGUCCCGUUCGGAAGAAAGUUGGCGGCGCAAUGGUUACGCUGCGUGCGUCUCAAGGGCAAAGGAAGCGAGGAAAGCGAUCACAAUAACAAAUGUAGAGCGCUGCACCUUUCCGCGGCUCUUUCUGGCUCCGUCUGUGUCUCUGUGUGUGCGGACUGCCCUGCUGCUGCUGCGCUGCCUCAGCCGCAGAUGCACUUCCACGUCAGAGAAGGUUCGGGAUUACAGGGGUUAUUUAUAAGGAGGUAAUUUAAAAGAAAGAAGACAGCGGAGAGAUGCGCCUGGAGAGGAGACGUCACAUUUUAAUUUGGAGCGACAGUGUAGUGAUAGCGUGACUGAGUCAGAGGAGAGGACUAUGCAGCGCUGUUCCUCAGCACGGCGGAUCUUCACCGGAUAAAACGUCCUAUUCCUGGAUGAUGCAGUUUUUUUUGUGUGUGUGUUCCUUAUAGACACGCCACGAUUUUCUGACCGCUCCACGUUUCAGCGGGAAUCUGUAUAAUCCUUCCGUCACGCCACGCCGGCUGGAACCCCCCACAUCAUCACUGGCUUCAAGGGAUCAGAGCCAAACGGGACUGAUUAAUGAAACGGGCUUUAAUUUAAAGUUCAUUCAUUUUUCAAGACAAAGGCCCGAAUCUGCUGCUGUGCUCCCAAGGUUAUACGUUAAAAACACACAGAGAGAGGCACACUCCGUCUGUGCUGAACUUACUUUAGGCUGGAAACUGAUCCCGGGUAUGUUUCUGCUCUAAUUUAAGCCCAAAUGCAAGAAAGCAAAGUUGAUAUUCCAGCAUUGAUGAUGCCACCAUGGGAGCGCUUUCAAGGAAGGGAGACUGGAGAAUGAAAGCGGGACAUCUGCGUCUGUAACCGGCGAAGAAAACCAACACAAGCCGCCUUCCCUAUCUUUUUCUUUCUUCUUCUUCUUUAUUUUGGAUUGGACCAAAAAUACUUUUUAAGGUGCGCCUUUUGACUCCUGCACGAUGGGGAUUAUGCUUCAAGUUAUUUUAGGAAUGUUUCAGUUCCUGCUGCUCACCAGAAUACCGACCUUCCAUGCCAAGCUCGCUCACUGGCGGCCGGCAGACUCCCCCAGAACCAGGGAAGGUCGGGAAGUGCGACGGUGGUUGGAGGUGUAUUCCCGCAGCGGCUGCGAGCCUCGCGACACUCUGGUGGAGGUUUGGCGGGAGUUGCCAGGGGAGAUCCACCACCUCUUCGUCCCGUCCUGUGUGUCUGUGAAGCGAUGUGGUGGCUGCUGCGCCGAUGAGGCCUUGGAGUGUGUGCCUUUGCUAACACACACCCUCACCAUGGAGCUGAUGAGAACGUCCUUCAUGAAACACGAGCUCAUCGAGCUGCCCUUCGUAGAGCACAGCCAGUGCGAGUGCAGGUUAAAGGAACAGUUCCAGCCAACACCCACUACCAGGCUCCAUUUGAAGCCAGCAGGAAAAGAGAGGAAAAAAGUGGGGAGGAAGUCCAGGCAGAGGAAAACCGGAUCCGUCAGAUCUGUAACCCAUGAUCCUCUGAUUCCUCCCUCCACAUCUUCUCCUCCUCCACCUCCUCCUCCCACCACUCUACCUCCUCCUCCUCCUCCUCCUUCCUCCUCACUGAAGCCUCGGUGCCGCAUGUACAGUUCUCAGAUGAAGGAGCUCUCCGCGAGAACCCAUGCUCCUGUGAUUCUUCCUUCCAUGCCCCCACCGCCUCCAUCUCUUCGUCCCACCACCCUAAGCCCCUCUCUGCCUCCGUCCCCGACACCUCGGUGCCGCCCCUGCAGAGGAAGGAAGUGGGCCCUGGAUGAAACGUCGUGUCAGUGCAGAUGCACCCUCAAAGCCAAGAACUGCAGCCGAAAAGGCCAGACUCUCAACUCCCAUCGCUGCAAGUGCGAAGCGACAAGGACUUGAUCCGUCCAGCCACUUCCUUCAUAUCCCACCAAAUAUCUUUAUCUCCAUCACCUGCUCUGAGCAUCUGUGCCAUGGACAGCACAGAUGGUCGGGCGACCAGUAUCAACCAGAAGGAUGUAUUAGUAGAAGCACACACUAGAACCUGUACUCGUGCAUCAUUACACCCUAAAUGUGCCGUAGAUCUGUAUGUGUGCAAGCUUAUUUUCCACCUCGUCGCUUCUGUGGCAAAGCUUCGUGUGUGUGUGUGUGUGUGUGUGUGUGUGUGCGUGUGUGUGCGUGUUUAUGCACAUUCUGUGUCACUUGAGUGAAGGAUGAAGGCCCUAGGACUCUCUCUGCUAAGUUGUUUUUUUUUUUUUGUUGGAGACUGGAUUGCAACUUAACUGCACAAGAGACCAGACUGGCUGGGCCAAAGUGUCCUUCAUGUUGAUGUUUCGGUGGAAGGAAAACUGCACACUGAGACGGAUUCCAGGUUUAUAUCAAGAGGAUUUGAGAAGCAGCAGCAGCAGCAGCGUGUUAUCAGUGGACAUAUGUACUUUGAGGCGCACCAGAAGGAUACGGGGCAUGUUCAUGAGCAGGCACCCCGGUGUCUCUGGACCUAACAGAGAGGAUGAAUGCUGGGACGGGGGGUAUCUGUGUGGUCUGCUCACUGAAAGACACAGAUGGGUUAUCCCUGCAACCGCUCACUCUCACUCAAAGCGUAUGACCAUGGGCUGGCUCUCCAAGCCUCUUUCCGGCAUUUGUUUAAUUUUGAGCCCUUUGUGUUUGUCUCUCUUCAGCUCCUCAAUUGAAAGGAGCCGCUUUGCCUCUCUUUGCCUCUCUUUUCGGCAGUGAGGAGAAUGGCAAUAAUGAGGCCUGGCGGUUCUCCACUGCUUCACUCACAGAAACAUUCACACUUAUAAUACCAGGAACACAGACGUCAAGCUAAAUGCAGACAUUGACGCUGCUGCGGCGGCACACAUGCAUCUGUAUCUACACACAUACAUGCAAUGUGAAACGAAUGCUAGUAGCCAUAAGCCAUUUGUGCAAAUAUAUGUCAGUGGUUUCUCUGCAAUUUUACUGCAAAGUAAGCAUGUAUAUAGAGAGAGUAUUUUAUAACAUGCCACUCUUUUAUAUUUUAUUAUAAUUCUGCCAGGUUGAUUGCAGAGGUAAUGGAGAGUAUAUAUUGCGGGAAGUGUCUCUGUUUUGCUUGUGUUCAUCUUUAAUCCGCCUGCAUAACGACUCACGCUGGGUGGCCUGCUGGUUCGAUGCCCAAAUGUAUUGAAUUUAAACAGAGAGGUCUCACACGAGUCACAAAUGGGAGACUCUAUAGAUUUACAAAGUGUAAUUCAAACAAUCAGUGGGGUGGUGUUGUGUGCAGCACACAGAAACCAAGCAAAUAGCCGUCCCCGGUGCAGUGAAAGGAAAACAUAGCUAUUGUUGUUGCAUGUUAGAGCCCGGAUGCAGGGAGUGUUUCUCACCCAAAGCAUAACUUGUUUAUAUUCAGGCUGAAUCUCACGGUUUUACUCAGUGUUACUUUAUGACCGCUCGGCUACAGAGUCGGGAAACAAAGAUUUACUUCCCGAGCAGCUUGUCAGUCAGUCGGUGUGUGGAGCUGAAGAAGUGGCAGGUCAGAGAGUUUAAAGUCUGUUUUUUUUCCCCCUUCAACUCCCAUUCAGAGCUUGUCUGCUGUGCCAAAUUUGACUGAGAACAUUUUAGCCGUGACGUAUUAGGGCUUGGGGUUAGAAAACUGCUCAACAAUAGCUUGGAAACGCCGCGAUUCACGGCUCAGUGUUCAUACAGUCCCGCUGAUUGAAGAAUGGUCACCCAGAAACAAGCUACCAUCCACAGUGUGAAUUAUUUAUGUGUCGGCACUGAAGCAGCAGAACUUUGUUUGGGUGGCUGCUGUGAUAAGCUUUGUAUUUAUACUCUCCUCAGAUGAGAUUAUGUUUUUUUUUUUGUAUUUCCAUGCUCAUUGUUCAGUGUUUAUUGCUGUCAAUCAAUGCUUCAAUCACUACCUCUCUAUUAAAUAUAUAAUGUAUAUAUACCAUAGCAAUGGCAGAGUAUUAGAGCAUUAUUGUUACUUCCUCUGCGUUGAAUGAGUUAAUGAUGCAUUUGGCAAUAAGGAGAGUCUCUGGUGUUGAGACGGAUUAUUACUGUUUUAAAGGAAGAGGCUGAACUGGUCCUCUGAGUGCAGAGGCGAAGGUUUCCUAGUGCUUCGUUAUAUUUUCACCAUCCAAUUUUGGCUUUACAGGUGCAUCCCAGUGAGUUAGAAUAGAUUUUAAAAGCUGAUUUAUUUCAGUACUUCAACUCAAAAAUGGAAAAAUAUGUAUUAUAUAGAUUUAUUACACACAGAGUGAUAUAAUUAAAAUAUUUUUCCUGUUAAUGUUGAUCAUUGUGGGUGAUUAUGGCUUAAUGUAUUGAAACAGGAUACUUAAUAGAGAACUCCAUUGCUAGUUCUCUAUAAACCCACAAAAUGUCAUUGCUGAAGAAGCUGCCUGCUCAGAGUGCAGUAUCCAAACACAUUUUUUCCUUUCACUAAACUUUCCAUCAUGGAAUACAGCUCUGCUAACUGGCAGCUUAACUUACAAUUAUCUUUUGCGACUUCCCCUUCUUAUGGAGAGUGUCUGUGUUUUUCUCUCAGUAAAUCAGAACUUUAUGGACUGUACAGUAUGUGGACUCAACACUUGGUUGGUUUUAGAGCAUGAAGUUUUCUAAAACUUCCCAGGGAUUGACUGCACUGACUUAGACUUGAUAAAAUAGAGUGGACCAACACCAGCAGAUGACGUGGUGUUGGUCCACCAUGUCAUCUGCUGUACAAAUUUCACUCUGGACUUCAAGCAACAAGGAUUUUGUGCCACUCCACCCUUCCCACAAAUUUUGGGACCUUCAUAUCCAAAUAAAAUACCCUAUCCCUAUCACUCAUGCACUUCUAUCUACCAAACUUUGUCCUUCCGCUCACCUUUCCAUUAUUUUGUCAUUUCGCCGGGUCAGACCCUGUCGGAAUGGGCCUGUUCUCUCAUAUCGAAGGUGUCCUUGUAACUUUCCACAUAUACCUUCAGUGUCACUUGACAAACAGAGCAUAGUCUGAAAAGUUGUUUGUUUCUUAUACAAACAUAAGCAUGAUUAAAUAUAUGUAUAUAAUGAACACCUAUUGCAUUAACUUCAAACAUAUCCUUCAUUUGUUACACUUAAAAAAACAUCUAGAAACAACACUUAUAUGGUCAAAUUGUGUAAUGAUGCUUUAUUUAUGAUACUGCUUGCACACUCACUCCAACCACCUUUCUUCCUUUCACUAAACUUUCCAUUGAUAUGUUUGGAUUUAGCUCCGUUAAUCACCAACCUAUUUUGCCAUUGCCUUUUGCGAUGUAUCGUUUUUGUGGAGCAUGUCAGCUUAUGUCUCUCAAGUCAGCAAUUCAUAACAUAAUAUCCCAUUAAAAAAAAUAUUUUUUGACCUUAUGUGAUAUUUUGAUAUUCUCUGAAACAAAAUUUGGGUUUUCAUUAGCAGUAAGCCAUAUUCAUCAACAUUAACAAGAACAAAAACUUGAAAUCACUCUAGUGAAUUCAUGUAAAAUCUGAGUUUUUUUUAUUUUUUUUAUUGAACUACAGAAUAAAUGAAGUACUUGAUUUUCUUAUUUACUGAGAUGCAUCUGUGUUUAGGAUAACUUUGGGGAAAGUUACACGGGAAGAUACAAGUCUUUUUUUUCUUAGAGAAAAACUGAAAAACUCGAGGGAAUAACUACUAUCAGAGACUCUUCACGUUUUAGAUACAGGAUCACAUAAAAUGAGCUUUAAACCCUCGAGUUCGUUAGUUUUGUAUUUUCACCUGAAAAGUCCCUAAGUAAUCGACCUAUUGAGCCUUAGGCCAUAGUGAUUAACUUUGGGGUCUAUGGCGAAGAGACACUUGAAACAGUUCAGAAAACCCUCCUUGUUCCCAUCACCAGGCCAGAGUGGGAUCUUUCUGCUUCUGCUUCAUCAGCGUAAAUAACGACCUCAUAAUGAUGAGUCUGAGGAAGCUUAAAAGCUUAAAUCUCCUUUUAAGCUCUUUCUGCAAAAGAAACUCUGCAUAUAUUUUCCUCUUAUUAGCUGCAGCCUCAUCAACCUGACUUUUUUCCCCCUCAAUUUAAACAGAUGGUCCUGGUGCUCGGACCUCCAAGGUUGAAGAGGUUAAAGGUCUCAGUUAGGCAGAUUAGGUUACUUUUGGGUAGAGCCAGGCUAGUUUAGCCCUGUUUCUUUAUCUUAAUGCUAAACCCAACCACCCAGUUCAUGAACCAAAACACAUAAACAGAAUAUACAUGGAUUAUGGUAUCAAUCCUCUUGUUUUACUCUUGGGAAUGGAGUGUUUUUUUGUGAUAUCACUUGCAGUCUUUCCUGUUUGGAUAUUAAUAAUUUUUAUAAGCAUUUAACACUUUGUGUUUUAAGAUUAAUAUUUAAAUAAACAAACAAAUGUUAGAGGGAAACCAAUGAGUAUUUGGACCGCAGUACAGAUUGCACUUGUGAUGGAGAUUGCAGAGCACAUAUUGUAAGAUCGAUUCAUGAUACAGCAAGAAAUAAAAUCUACUUUGAGGACCAAAAGAAACGAAAUCACACAUUCACUUGUGAUGUAGAAAAGUAUUUAUAACCGUUAGACUUUUUCACAUUUGGCCACAAUAACCACACGAGGUUCAAUGUAUUUUAUUUGUAUAUAUAUAUAUUCUUAUUUUUUAAUGACAGACACAAAACACUAACUAGCGCAUAAUUGCAAAGUGGAAGGGAAAGUAUACAGCAGUAGUCACAGCUGCUUUGGUCUGAAUUUUUUUUAUUUUCAAAUUUUGCCACGGAGUCUCAAUUGGAUAUGUUUGUACUUUGACUGGGCCAUCCUAACACGAAUAUAUUUUUAUCUAACCCAUCCCUUUGUAUUUCUGGUUGUGCUUUCUGGGGAUUUUUUUCUGUCAGUAGUUGUAAUGCUCUCCAUUGUGUUUAGAUAGACUGCCAUCUCUUAGUAGGUGAUGUGUAUCAUUUACCUUUCACUUUACAGUUAUGUAGGACUUUGUGUUGGACUGUCACACAAAAUCUCAAUACAAUACAUUUUAGCUCGGAGCUGCAAUGCGUUGCUUCACAAAAUAUCAAAGAGUUCAAGGUGCACUCUGUAUAUUAUGUGUUAUGCACAUUUUCACCAAGCGUUCUGUUUUAAUGCAUGAAAUCUGAUCAGUUUGUCAGGAAACUUUCAUUCUGCAAACAUCUGGAUUUAUCUGUCCUGCCUCUUCAUGCAGAUUUAAAGUGUGGACAUGUUUGUAUCUCUUAGAUGUCCUUCUCCUGUGUGAACUUCCAACAUCAAUGUGCUAUGUACUGUUAAGGUAACUCUCUCCAGCUUCCAGUGUCUGAAUAAACUCUAGUUAUCCCCUACUGAACUCUGUAACAUCCUAUAACCUGUCAUAUCCGUACUGUGUAUGACAUAGUGGAUACUUUAGAGACAUAUCUGUAACUUCAUUUUAGGUGUCCAUUACAACAAAUCUCUACUCUGCAAAGACUUUGUACUGCUGUAGCCUAUGUAGAGACAAGAAAGCAACACUCUUUUUUUGCUGCUACACCAUUUGUGCCCUUUUAUGAUGUCUUUGUAGAAAACGAUGCAGGUUUAUGUUGUAUUAACUUGUAAGUUAAUUGGUUCAUUGUCCUCAUUAAAAGUGUACUCUGCGUCCUUGAAUAUAUCCAGAAUUAUACCAGAAUACAACCAUAAUGUUACAGAUGUUAUUAAAGGAAAUGUCUUAUUUUUCA